AUGCCUGGGUCAGUGAUCCACUAUGACGAGGCUUUUGGUAAUGUUAGACAUGAUCUUCUAGAAGCAAAUCCUGCAAAUUCGGAAAUGAACGAAAGGUAUUCGCCAACUUGUAUUGGGACCAAACAGAUUGUCACCGUCAAGAUGCUCUUCUUCAUCUUAUUCGCCAUUCUCACUCAACACCUCACUGUAGGCAGCUUUCUAGGUUGUCCUCUAGGAUGUAGAUGCGAUGAUCAAACCUUCGUCGUAGAAUGUGAACGUAAUAAACUGGAUAUCAUCCCUAUAACUUUAAACCCUGCAAUUCAACGACUAGUGCUUAGAAAUAACAAUAUCAAAGUCGUAGACGCUGCAUUUCAAUUCUACAACGAUCUACAAUACGUCGAUUUGUCCAGUAAUCAACUUGUAGACAUUCCCACCAAAAGCUUUUUGCACCAAGAAAAAUUGCAGGAGCUUCACCUGGAAAAAAAUAAGCUAUCUUUAGUGACCAACAAAACAUUCCAAGGCCUCAAAAGCCUUACUGUGUUGAAUUUAAGGGAAAAUUUUCUGGAAGAACUCACCCAAGGAGCGUUUGCAUUAAUGCCCAAGCUAGAAGAGCUCAACUUAGGCCAGAACAGAAUUGCAAAAAUUGACAAUUUAGCUUUUCAAGGCCUUUUAAACCUUAGAGUUCUUUAUAUGGACGAUAAUUUAUUAACUUCAGUGCCAACUCAAAGCUUCUCAGUUAUUCUGAACUUAGCAGAACUUCACGUUAGCUUGAAUGCCCUAACUUCUCUUCAAGAUGAUGCUUUUAGAGGCCUCAAUAAACUAGCAGUUUUAGAUGUUGGUAGUGCUGAUAUAGGCAAUAUCAGCAGUGAAGCUUUUAGAGGCCUGGGAAGCCUUAGAACCCUAAAUUUUGCUGAUAAUAGACUGAAACAAGUACCAACAGAACCAAUGAGGAAUUUAGAGCGUUUGGAAGCUUUGGUAAUUGGUCAAAAUAGCUUUGUCAGUAUAAAAACUAAUGCUUUUAAAGGCUUGAAAAAUCUUAGGACUAUUGAUAUUACUGAAUGCAAAAAUUUGGAAAGCCCAAAACAUCUUCAAAAACAAACCCUCAAAUCCCUAAACAUCGAAGAUUUGGGAUGCAGCUUCAGUUCUUCCAACCAUCAAGUGAUUAUAGUGACAAUUUGCAUAAGUGCCACAAUUAUUUUGGUAGCUUUUGGACUCUUUUUAUUCAGAUAUCGCCUAAAAGUGCGCGUAGCUCUCAAAGACUAUAAUUUCGAAAAGAAGACCACCGAACAUGUUUAUGAAAAGAAUUUAUAUGAGGAUAUGUAUCAAAUACCAGUGCCUGUUGCUAAUUUGUACCAAGAACUUGGCACGCCAAAUAGUAGAGUGCCUUAUGUGGAAAGUGACUGUCCGUAUCCUCCAAUGGAACCACCGAGAAACAGAGAAAAUUCGUUUACAGUCCCAGUAGCGUCCGAAUUUAGUUAUUACAGUAAUAUGGAACCUUGUAGGGUGCAUACUUUGAGAAGUACAGUUAAUAGUGAAUAUGGCAUCAGGAGUGACUAUCGACAUUGUCCAAAUGAUUUGUUUUUACAGUAG